CUGGUCCCCCGUGGCUUGCCUCUCCGCUGGUCGUCAUGAAUCAGGCGCCUCGUCCUCUCGCGGUACCGUGUUUCAUUCCUGUGCUGACCGGCAUGCAGAUGUUGUCGAGGCCAUACGGGGUACAGAAUGAAUGUUGUGCGCCAUGAGAUCCUCACCCAUCUGAUUGGUACGCACGUCACGUACGCCUCUGUCAGGUCGCCACAAUCAGCCUCAAUGACAUCGAGGAUCUGUUGCUGCACUCCCUCGCCUUCUCGGCUUCGGUCUGCCGCCCCAUCAUGAACCAACUCACACACUUUCUAGGGGUCAGGCGCUCAACUGGCGAGGAGAUCACGGCGAGUCGGGCGUCAAGCGACGCCGGCAGCGGUGCUGCCAAGGGAAGUCGGCGGGAGAUGGAUGACACACGGGUACGAAAAAUGCUGGGGUCCGGAGCCUCAGUUGAUCAUUGGUGCUUGUUCCCUUUGCGCAGGUUGAGCUGCGAAUGCUGCUGCGUGAACUCUACUUCACGCCUCUUUGCCAACUCAAUGUCAGCGCCUGGAGUGACUUACUGCCGGACGUGUACCUCAAUCACUCGUGCCGGGACAAUCUGCACGCAUUCGUGUCGGCUGUGGCUGUCGUUGCCAAUGGAUGGCUGAGGUAUCACCGCAUCCAAAGCUCUCUUCUUGUAUGUUGUGAGUGGUCUGUUUGCCCGUGCAGUGUGGAGGCCGUGGCUGACCUCCGACGUUCAUAUGAUCUGCAUGAAAGGCAAGCCAGCCAGAGAAAACAGUGUCAAGAUUGCCUGUGUGAUGGGUGUGCGCGUGCACAGGGAGGCCUUUCAUAAGUACCUCGUGUGUGGGAUGAAGCUGACAAAGAGCGUCGUCAACCACGCCCUCCGAAUGUGCGACCGCGUCCUGAGCACACCCCUCUUCAAUGACUGGGCGGCGUGGCACCUACACAAGUCAAACGACCUCCUCGCAUACACGUACGUACGUACCCAUGCGGACAGAGACACAUGUACCAUUCAUUCCCGGUUGCGCUGUCAGGCAGGAGACGCCCACAGAGACAAUUGGCUUUGUCCGUCUCGGGGAGUUCCUUUUCCUGGCGUCUAACUCUCUCCGCUACCGUGACCUGAUUGAGCGAAACGCUGUCCCGCAGCUGCGGUGAGCUGACGUGUGUUUCUUGUCACAAAGACCGGCAUUCAUGUCUCCCGUUGUCUCUCUGUGCGUGUGUGCAGUUUGGCAACCACCAAGUCGUCGAGUCCCUCCAUAGUCUACGACUGGACAGAGCAGCCGAUGAGAGGCGUCUUCAAAAUAUACGACGUCGACAACUUCGAGCACAUCAUCAGCCCACAGGAGGAGCACCUGCAAGCAGCAGCAGACGAGGAAUACAGAAUACGGAAGCGCGCAGGUGGACAGCCGGGUCCCCCUCUGCUCGGCAACCUGAAGAUGGCCGCCGCCAUCCACCGCCCAGCCAGCUCAAGCGGCAUGCUUCUCUCCAGCAACUUCACCGCUGCCCGUUCCAGCGGGCCGCUGACCCCCACUGAUGCGUCCAGGCAGAGCCGGGCGACGCUGCGGCAGAGGGUCCGAAUGGCCGUGGAGGAGCCCAAAGAAAUAGAAGAAGUCCUGGACAGGUGCGAGCUCAUACACGAGAGGGGAGAUGCGUGUCCUUUUUCUCUGUCUUCAGGAUGGCAUCAUCCCAUAUAGGGCCUCGCGAGCUGAGGCGUAUCGGCCUUACCCGAGCUGAGUUCGAAACCCUCUUACGAGACCGAGAAGUGACCCAAAUGAUCAAAGUAAGCAAAAACAGGAGAUCUGGGGUGUCUCAUGCCUCCUCCUGUGCAGCACAUUCAAGAGGACAAGCAGGCCGCAUUCCACGCCCGAAGGGGGUGGGAUGAGCGGGCAAAGACAUUACAGCUCUCACACCAAGCGAGCCGGGUCGCAGGGAAAUCAACCGAUGAUCUGGUUGGCCAGAGAGACAUGUCAAAAGCCUCCCCAAAUCGCGCUUGUCUUCCAUGCAGACUGGCAUUGAUCUAUUUCGCCGGAUCGCUCAGAAAGUCAUCGACCUCCGGAGGCAAGCCGAAGACGGAUCCGGUGGACCUACUGUCGGCCUCAGCCAGGCCCUCUCGCAGAAGGGAAAACAGGACGCAGAUGAGGAGCAGACGCGGCCGAUGACCGCCCUCAUGAAGAGACGCCACACUCUGUGGAAGGAGCAUGAGGAGGGCCAGGGGCGGCCAGCUACCGCGCCCGCCGCAGACAAGGGCAGGAGGGAGCGUCGAUCGCACCCAUCUGCAUGGGCGCGGCAGCCUGUCGGAGUCUCAAGGAACCCAAGGCAGCUCAACCAAAAGAGACAUCAGGUAGCGAGGCGGGUAUGUACGCACGCCCACACCUAUAGGUGUGUCUGUGUGUGUCAGGUGAUGAUGUCCCAAGGCAGCCCACAGCAGUGUGCAGCCCAGCAGACGCUGCAGAACCUCCAAACAGCCCGCCUCCAGCGCAAGAGGCGGCCCCCCAUGUCGAGACACGACCUUCGCUUCUCGAUCACUACCGCCCCCCUCACUCGACAAUUUUCGCACCUGCCCACAGCCCCCCUGUCACGCCAGCCAACCGUGCAGCGACCCCUAGAAGAGGACCACCGGCCAACGGACAGUACCCCACAGCCACAGAAGACCAGGAAGAGGGUGGGCCUGCUGCCGCCUCACCCGGUCGCAUCGGCAAAGCCCGGUCCCAAGGUGCGGCGUGAGCGCUACGGAGUGGUGGACGCGCAGAGGCAGGAGGGGGUGCCCAUCGCCUUUGAGGAUGCGCUGAGAAUAGGGCGCUUCGAGGGGCCGGACGCCCACGAGGCGCUCACGCCUGAUGACGUCGAGUUCUUCAACAUCCUCGAUACGUGAGAAAAAAGUGAUAUCUGCCGUGCUUAUAGGAUGUCUUCCGGUCCCUGGCCCUUGAUCUUAGGCUGGAAGACUCAUCUCGCCGGAUGCUGCGCGUCAGAAUUCUGCCUCGGGAAAGCGAGAAGAGGAAGCAGCGCCCCACCAGUGCCGCCAGUGCACCGGUGCGGCCGUCCACUCCUUUGCUAACCACACGAGUGCCAAAGGAAGGUGACAAGAGCAUUCCACGGCUUUACUGGAAGGUUGGCAGCAAGGGACGGCAGUCACGGCCGCAGACGGCAGCUGCAGAGAAAAGAACAGAUACAGUGUGAGAGAUCCUCCGAGAACACAGAGGCCUUGAGAUGAUCAUGAGACAUACGAACAGUGACGUACACACAGG